AUGAUGGAAGAAAUGAAGCAGGACCCGGAAGAAAACCAGCAGGUGGUGGGACUAGGCGAAACCUGGCUGGAGAGUCCGAGUGUGGAGGUUGCCUCUUAUUACGAGGAGAGCCUAGCGCUUGAUCGGACAAUUCUCUGGAAACGAGACCUUAUCGAGGGCUUGGUGGCUGGUAUAAAUAUGCCGAGUAACGGAUAUAACGUCUGUUUGUCGGUCUUCUAUAUACUCUUCGUCCUUGCCGAAAUCCCCUUCAAUUUUUUGCAGGAGGAAAACAAGUUCAAACCUGCAUAUCUCCUUGGCGCUCAGAUGUUUUGUUUUGCAGCUGGCACAUUGUCUAUUGCCACGUAUCAAACUAAAAAGGAAGUGGGACUCCGUUUUUCGUUCGUCUUUAACUUUGCGCUCGCUCUCCCACCCUUCCUUGGUUUACUCACAUAUGCAAUUGAAAACCUCGACAGCAACCUAAGCCUAUUGGUUGGCGUUGGACCUUCCUCGUGGAGGGCGUUAUGAAUGUUGCCAUGUCAUUCUUCUUCGUCUUGAUCUUCUAUCCCAAAUUACCCCACGAGGCAAAAUCCUAGUUUUUGAAGCCUCACAAACGCGAGCGUCUCCUUUGUAACUUGGAACAAUCCCGCGGGAAAGAGUCCAAAAGCUCUCCUAUCGACAACGUAAUCUUACCUAGCUGGAAAAUCC